GCAGACCGCGUGCAGUUAUACGCGAGUGUAUUUGUGACUUCCUCAAUCAGGGUUAGCUUGCAGCUGUGUUUGGUAGUAGCAUGUAGAUGAGAGUAGAGGACUCAUAGCAAAGGCUGCUGGAGGUGACUUCCCCGAGAAGCAGGCUAAAUAAAGGGAACUUUCGGUGACAGUUUGCCUCGAGAACAUGGACUACUGGAGUGCCUUGGAGGUGUAUAAGGAGAUGGUGCUGCUGUAUUUGGAGGAGGGCCGGCAGCAGGUGAACUCGCGCUGCGCCCAUCUGGAGCCGUGGCAGAUCAUCGGAGUGACAGUGAUCACCACAGUGGGAGCACUAUGGGUCAAAGGCUUCCUCUUCCAGCAAGAAAGUCUGACAUCACGAAUCAAGAAGCAGUGCUUUAGACUCAUCAGAAAAAUACCCUUCGUUGGCGGGGCAAUCCAGAGCCAGCUGAACAAGGCUUUGGAUGACAUGUCUGCUAGUCUAUUUACCCUCAAGGAGGGGAUGAGCUACACCACAGAGCUUCCCUCCAAAGGUCUCUCUCAGGCCAAAGUAAUGGAGAAAAUCAAGGAGUACGACACCCUGAAUGAGGUGAAGUGGGAUAAGGGAUUGGUUUCUGGGGCAGUGUACUGGGGCGAUGAGUCACUGACCAACCUCCUUGUGAAGGUAUAUGGGGAUUUUGCAUGGAGCAAUCCACUCCACCCAGACAUUUUUCCUGGCGUACGGAAGAUGGAAGCAGAGGUUGUCAGAAUGGCUUGCACACUCUUCCAUGGUGGGCCUAACUCCUGUGGCACAGUCACUUCAGGAGGAACCGAGAGCAUACUGAUGGCCUGCAAAGCAUACAGAGACAUCGCAUACGAGCGAGGCGUCAAACACCCUGAAAUCCUUGCACCUGUGAGCGUCCACGCAGCUUUUGACAAAGCGGCACAUUAUUUUGGGAUGAAGCUGGUUCACAUUCCUCUCGACAAGAAAACUAUGAAAGUGGAUGUGAAGGCCAUGAGGAGAGCCAUCAGCAAGAACACAGCCAUGCUUGUCUGCUCAGCUCCCCAGUUUCCUCAUGGAAUCAUAGAUCCCAUUGAGGAAGUAGCCAAGCUGGCUGUACGCUACAACAUCCCGAUGCAUGUGGAUGCCUGUCUGGGUGGUUUUCUUAUUGUGUUCAUGGCCAAGGCUGGUUACCCACUCGCCCCAUUUGACUUCAGGGUAAAAGGUGUUACCAGCAUGUGUUACGUUUCUCUCCAGUAUGGCUACGCCCCCAAAGGUUCCUCAGUGAUCCUCUACAGUGAUAAAAAGUACCGUCAGUACCAAUACUUUGUAGCUGCUGACUGGCAAGGGGGGAUCUAUGCCUCACCCUCUAUAGCGGGCUCCAGGCCAGGAGGAAUCAUCGCCGCCUGCUGGGCGACCAUGAUGUAUAUGGGAGAGAACGGCUACGUAGACGCCACCAAGAAGAUCGUCAGCACAGCUCACAAGAUCAAAACAGAAAUCCGCAAGAUUAAAGGGGUGUUUGUGUUUGGGGAUCCGGAGGUGUCGGUGGUGGCCAUCGGCUCGGAUGAUUUUGAUAUUUUCCGUCUGUCUAACGCACUGACGUCAAAGGGCUGGAAUCUGAACACAUUGCAGUACCCGUCCAGCAUCCACAUUUGCUGCACAGUUUUGCACACUCAGCCAGGGGUCGCUGAUCACUUUAUUCGUGAUGUCAAAGAGCAGGUCGCCAUCAUCAUGAAGAACCCCAAAGAGAAAACUACAGGAAUGGGAGCGAUCUACGGCAUGGCCCAGGCCAUCCCAGAUAGAUCCCUGGUCACGGAGAUCUCCCGAGGUUUCUUGGACUGUCUCUACAGCACUGAGGUGACCAAGUCAAACAUCAGCCACAUGAAUGGCAACGGCAAAGCCCACUGAAAAGGGAUUGGUCCUUCCUGGCCCGACAACACUGCAUGCAGGGAAACGCUCUCGCCUCCUCCCAGAGCUCUGAUUUUUAAAUCGUUCAACGGUUGCCUUAUCUUGCAUACCUGCACCAUA